AUGUUCUUCUCAAAGUCUAUCAUUGCCACCAUGGCAACCAUUGUCACCCUGGGCCUCGCAGACCCUCUUUCGUUCACUGCCUGGCCUACUGAGCCGCUGCAGGCUGGCAAGCCCGUUACCCUUCGAUGGACUGGAGGCGCCCACCCUGAUCAGCCCGUGACCAUUACCCUCCGCGAGGGACCCUCCGGCAACCUCAGGGAUGUCAAGGUCAUUACCGAUCAAGCCAAGGAUGGCAGCUUCACCUGGACUCCCGAUAGCGACGUGAAGGGUGGUCAGACCUACGCUUUCCAAAUCUCUCAACAAGAUGAAAUGAACUACACUGCUCUCCUUCACUCUGCUGGUAACAAGCCCGCCGAUACCCCAGAAGACAAGGCCAGCACCACCGGCACCACCGGCACCACCACUGGCGCCGCUACCACCCCUGCUGCCAGCAAGACCACCGGAGGCACUCAGACCACCGAUGUCGCUAGUAGCAAGGCCCUCAUCAGCUCCUCAGCCAGCGGCUCCGCCACCCCAUCUAGCUCCGCUGUCGCCAGCUCAUCCAUUACAAGCAGCUCCGAUGAUGUUCCCAUGAUCACUGACAUUAGCAACGGCAAGGAGGCCUCUUCCACCGGUAGCGUACAGACCGAUGCUGGUUCAAUUACUCAGUCUUCCAUGAAGUUCGUAUUGGGUGUUGCUGGUCUGCUUGUCUACCUUGUUCAGUAG